UGCUGAACAGUAUGGAUCAACAUCAUCGCAGACAUCGAUCUAGGAGCCCUAAAAGUCGUCGGCCUUCUGGGUAUUCCAGUUCGUCACUAAGUGCGCAGACUGUGUCGCACGAAGAUUCUCCCAGAUCGCAAUCCACAACUUCGUCGCUAUCAGUUGUUCUGAGCUUGCAGGGUUCGCCUGAGUCUCUAGCCGCGUCUCAGAGUUCCAGUUUUCCGUCUCUACUCAUAUCUCACCAAUCGUCAUCGUGAGAGGCUUCUAACAGUUCACAGAGGGCAUCUCAAACCGUGUCGUACAGUGCUCUCGCUUAUUCUUCCCCUUCGCAAAUUGUUUCGCACUCAGACUCUCCAGGUUCACAGCAGGAGUCUGUUAACCUGCGGCAACCUUCCUCUGAUGAUAGGAGUACUUCACAAUUUGGAGAAAAUGCAGAGAAGUUCACUGAAGGCGAAAAUGAAAACGAGGAGAAAUUGUCAGUGGUCGCUGGACCUGAAAUUGGCGCAACUGCAGUUCCUGUUUCUCUUGGGUGCCCAGCUUCUGAGGCUUCUAAAGGUUCUAUGGAAUUCUUCAACUCGGUUUUUGGUAGAGUUCUGCGUGUCACUUCUCAAAAUCUUCACCACAUUGUUGAGAAUAGGCUACAGCCAAACACAGAGGGUGCAGGAGUGCAAAAUAUGAGGCUGUUUGGAGAUAUUAUUACAGUACCACUUGUUUGUGAUAUGAAAAGCAGUGAACUCAAUUCCUUUUUCAUACUGACAAACCCCAGAGAGUUGCAUUUUGAUGAGAACAUUUGCUGGUCUACCGGGAAACCUGAGCAAGAGAACAAUCAUUAUGUUCUCCAUAUGACAGUAUACCUCUUUUUGAAGAGAAUCUGGUUAAACCGGGUUGUGGACAGCUUUGUUCAAAAGGGGUGAGGAAGGGUCAAGUAAUGAAGAUCAUUGUCCAGAAAUCCGGGAUGUAUUGGGAAGGAAGAGGC